AUUGGUUUCUAUGUGUCGCUCUCACCUCUGACCCCACAGUUCUGUCCAAUCCCGCAAAUGCUUUCUAUGAUAGUGGCUGAGUGCUUGGGCCUAUGCUGCGCCGUGCUUCUUCCCCAGCACCUGGAGAAUCAUUGAGCGCACAUCCCUGGGUAGAGCACGGCUGAGCAGCCUGGCAGCGUUACCUUAUAGACACCAACUUCUUGCUAUUAAUGAGUUGGACCUGAGGACUGAUGCUUUCCUAGAAUGUUGCAAAUAGAUAUCAAGAUGUCAGAAUGCAUUUCAAGUGCCAUCAGAGGAUCUUCAUACUGAGACGAAAACUGCAAAGUAGGCAGAUUACAAUGAUUUAAGUCACUGGAUUUAUGAAAGCCCUGCAUUUUGCAGACCCUCAGCAUGGCAGGCCUUCAGCUCAUGACUCCGGCCUCCUCUCCAAUGGGUCCCUUUUUUGGGCUGCCCUGGCAACAGGAGGCUAUUCAUGACAACAUUUAUACCCCACGGAAAUAUCAGGUGGAACUACUCGAAGCAGCAUUGGAUCAUAAUAUUAUAGUAUGUUUGAAUUCUGGCUCAGGGAAGACAUUUAUUGCCGUACUACUCAGUAAAGAGCUGUCGUACCAGAUCCGUGGGGACUUCAGCAAAAAUGCCAAGAGGACUGUGUUUUUAGUCAAUUCUGAGAAACAGGUGUCUCAACAAGUGUCUGCUGUGAGGACCCAUACAGACCUCAAGGUGGGAGAAUAUUCAGAUCUACAAAAAACACAAUGCUGGGCGAAAGAAAAAUGGUACCAGGAAUUUCAGACUCAUCAGGUCUUGGUCAUGACCUGCCAUAUCUUCCUGAAUGUUCUGAAAACUGGGAAUGUGUCAUUGUCAAACAUUAAUCUAUUAGUGUUUGACGAAUGUCAUCUGGCAAUUCAAGAUCACCCAUAUAGAGACAUCAUGAAGAUAUGUGAAAGUUGCCAGACAUGCCCUCGGAUCCUCGGUCUAACUGCUUCAAUACUAAAUGGAAAAUGUGACCCUCAUGACCUUGAGGAAAAGAUCCAGAAUCUAGAGGAAAUAUUAAGAAGUAAUGCAGAAACUGCAACUGAUUUGGUUGUUUUAGACAGGUAUGCUUCCCAACCAUGUGAAAUUGUAUUGGACUGUGGGCCAUACGUUGAUAGAAGUGGACUGUAUCAAAGACUUUUAAAUGAAUUGGAUGAAGCGCUUAACUUUCUCACCGACUGUAAUAUUUCUACACAUUCUAAAGAGAGAGAUUCCACAAUAAUUUCAAAACAGAUUUUGUCCGACUGUUGGGCUGUUCUGUUGGUCUUGGGACCAUGGUGUGCUGAUAAAGUUGCAGGGAUGAUGGUGAGAGAGCUGCAGAAGUAUAUCAAACAUGAGCAGGAAGAACUGCACAGAAAAUUCCUUUUGUUUACAGACACUAUCUUAAGGAAGAUCCACGCUCUUUGUGAGGAACACUUCUCACCAGCCUCUCUUGAUAUGAAGUUUGUCACACCUAAAGUUAUAAAACUGCUGGAAAUCCUGCGCAAGUACAAACCCUAUGAACGGCAGCAAUUUGAAAGCGUUGAAUGGUAUAACAAUAGAAACCAGGAUAACUAUGUAUCUUGGAGUGAUUCAGAGGAUGAUGAUGAUGAUGAAGAUGAAGAAAUCGAGGAGAAGGAAAAAACUGAAACAAGCUUUCCAUCCCCAUUCACAAACAUCUUGUGUGGCAUCAUCUUUGUGGAACGAAGAUACACAGCCGUAGUAUUAAACAGGUUGAUUAAAGAAGCCGGGAAGCAAGAUCCAGAGCUGGCCUAUAUUAGUAGCAACUUUAUUACAGGACAUGGCAUAGGAAAGAACCAGCCACGCAAUAAGCAGAUGGAAGUUGAGUUCAGAAAGCAGGAAGAGGUUCUUCGUAAAUUUCGUGCACACGAAACCAACCUAUUGAUAGCUACAAGCAUUGUUGAGGAAGGAGUGGACAUACCAAAAUGCAACUUAGUGGUUCGAUUUGAUUUACCUUCAGAGUACCGAUCCUAUGUUCAGUCCAAAGGCAGAGCUAGAGCACCAAUCUCAAAUUACAUCAUGCUAGCGGAUAGUGAUAAAAUAAAGGCAUUUGAAGAGGACCUUAAAACAUACAAAGCAAUUGAAAAGAUUUUGCGGAACAAAUGCUCAAAGUCCAUGGAUUGUGGAAAUACAGAAUCUGAGCCCAUUGUGGAUGAUGAUGAAAUAUUUCCACCUUAUGUGUUGAGACAAGAUGAUGGCAGCCCACGAGUUACAAUCAACACAGCUAUUGGACACAUCAACAGGUACUGUGCUAGGCUACCUAGCGACCCAUUUACUCACCUUGCGCCCAAGUGCAGAACACGAGAGUUGCCUGAUGGACCUUAUCGCUCAACACUCUACCUGCCAAUUAAUUCUCCACUUAGAGCCCCCAUUGUUGGUCCUCCAAUGAAUUGCGCAAGGCUAGCUGAGAGAGCUGUAGCUCUUAUAUGCUGUAAGAAACUACAUGAAAUAGGUGAACUGGAUGAUCAUUUAAUGCCAGUUGGCAAGGAAACUGUGAAAUAUGAGGAGGAGCUUGACUUGCAUGAUGAGGAAGAAACCAGUGUCCCAGGCAGACCUGGAUCUACAAAAAGAAGGCAGUGCUAUCCAAAAGCUAUCCCUGAAUGUUUACGGAACAGCUACCCGAAGCCCGGUCAGCCUUGUUACUUGUAUGUAAUAGGAAUGGUGUUAACCACUCCUCUACCAGAUGAACUUAAUUUUAGGCGACGGAAGCUGUAUCCCCCAGAAGACACAACAAGAUGUUUUGGAAUACUGACUGCCAAACCCAUACCUCAGAUUCCUCACUUUCCUGUCUAUACUCGCUCAGGAGAGGUGACCAUAUCAAUUGAACUGAAGAAGUCUGGUUUUUCAUUAAACUUAGAACAACUUGAGCUUAUUACUAGACUCCACCGGUACAUUUUUUCUCAUAUUCUUCGUCUUGAGAAACCUGCACUAGAAUUUAAACCCACAGUAGCCGAUUGUGCCUACUGUGUUCUACCUCUUAAUGUUGUAAAUGAUUCUGGCACUUUGGACAUUGACUUUAAAUUUGUAGAAGAUAUUGAGAAAUCCGAAGCACGUACUGGUAUACCUAAUACACAGUAUUCUGCUGAAGGUCCUUUUAUUUUCAAAUUAGAAGACUACCAGGAUGCAGUUAUCAUUCCAAGAUAUCGAAACUUUGAUCAGCCGCACCGAUUUUAUGUAGCUGAUGUAUACACUGAUCUUACACCUCUCAGCAAGUUUCCUUCCCCUGAAUAUGAAACAUUUGCUGAAUAUUACAAAACAAAGUAUAACCUCGAUCUCACAAACCUCAAUCAGCCACUGUUGGAUGUGGACCACACAUCUUCAAGACUUAAUUUGCUGACUCCUCGACAUCUGAACCAGAAGGGGAAAGCUCUCCCAUUAAGCAGUGCUGAAAAGAGAAAAGCCAAAUGGGAGAGCUUACAAAACAAACAGAUCCUGGUUCCAGAGCUUUGUGCUAUACAUCCAGUCCCAGCAUCCUUAUGGAGAAAAGCUGUUUGUUUGCCAAGCAUACUUUAUCGUUUGCAUUGCCUCCUUACAGCAGAAGAGUUGAGAGCCCAAACAGCUAUUGAUGCUGGAGUAGGAGUCAAAUCGCUUCCUGAAGAUUUCCGAUACCCAAAUUUGGAUUUUGGAUGGAAAAGGUCUAUAGACGGUAAAACAUUCAUCUCUAAUCAAAGUUUCUCAGCAAUGGAGCGUGAAAGUGACUGCAGACUCGAUAUAACCACAGUCCCUGACAGUGCUACAAGCUCAGCUGCUCAUCAUGUAAUGUACACGCAAAUGAAUGACCAAAUGUCUGUGAACUGCACACCACCAUGUCCGAAAUCUCUCAGUGACCUCCAAGGGGUUUGCUUCUCAGACGAUUGCAAAGCAAUUAACGGUAUUACUUGCAAUGGUCUUACCAAUGGCAAUUGGGAAGCAGAAAGCGGUGUGUGUUUCCAGAAGGAUGAACUAAUUGCUUGCAAACAGGAAAUACCUGAAAAAUCUACCUCGUUUCAUGUUCAGAAUUUACCUAACGACAACCAGCCCAUACUUAAUGAAUGUACUCUGAGCAAAAAGUUUCUUGAUGGGAAUGUCGGCAAACCUAUCUCGGAUGAGUGCCCUAGCACCUGUACUUCAGACAUUAAUUAUGAAAGUGGGCUUUCCAGUGGGUACUCUUCAAAAACUCUUGGCCCAAACCCUGGUCUUAUCCUCCAGGCGUUGACUUUGUCCAAUGCAAGUGAUGGUUUCAAUCUGGAGCGUCUCGAAAUGCUUGGUGACUCAUUCCUGAAACAUGCCAUUACCACAUAUCUGUUCUGCACAUACCCCGAUUCUCACGAGGGUCGCCUGUCCUAUAUGCGCAGCAAGAAGGUCAGUAACUGUAACCUAUAUCGACUUGGAAAAAAGAAAGGCUCACCCAGCCGGAUGGUGGUGUCCAUUUUCGAUCCACCUGUCAACUGGCUUCCCCCUGGUUAUAUCGUUAACCAGGACAAGAAUUGUGAUAAGUGGGAAAGUAAUGAAACGUCUGGUGAGAGUGUGAUGGCAAAUGGCAAAAUUGAUGAAGACUUUGAGGAUGAAGAAGAUGAAGAUCUUAUGUGGAGGAAUCCAAAAGAGGAAACUGAUUUUGAUGAUGACUUUCUAGAAUAUGAUCAAGAGCAUAUAAAAUUCAUUGACAACAUGUUAAUGGGAUCUGGGGCAUUUGUGAAGAAAAUACAGCUUUCUGCUUUUGCACCCCCUGAUCAGAAUUAUGAAUGGAGGCCGCCAAAGAAACCUCCACUGGAAAGUGCUCCGUUCCGCUCUGAAUUUGAUGAUUUUGAUUACAGUUCAUGGGAUGCCAUGUGUUAUUUGGAUCCCAGCAAGGCUGUAGAGGAGGAUGACUUUGUAGUAGGCUUUUGGAAUCCAUCAGAAGAGAACGGUGGAGCUGAUGCUGGAAAGCAGUCCAUUUCUUAUGACCUACACACAGAGCAAUGUAUUGCAGACAAAAGUAUUGCUGACUGUGUAGAGGCUUUAUUGGGCUGCUAUCUGACCAGUUGUGGUGAGAGAGCUGCACAACUUUUCCUUUGUUCUUUGGGCUUAAAAGUACUCCCAGAAGUAAGAAAGCCUGUUACUAACACAAGUACCAGAGGCAACUAUAGUCUUGAUGGCAGAACAAACUCUGAGCUGUCCUGCAAAGGAAUAGAAUACGGUUAUUUGAAGAUCCCUCCGAGGUGCAUGUUUGAGCACCCAGAAGCUGAAAAAACCCUUGACCAUCUAAUAUCUGGUUUUGAGAACUUUGAGAAGAAAAUAAACUAUCAGUUUAAAAACAAGGCUUACCUUCUACAGGCUUUUACACAUGCCUCUUACCACUACAAUACUAUAACUGAUUGCUACCAGCGUUUAGAGUUUCUUGGAGAUGCAAUUUUGGACUACCUCAUUACUAAGCACCUUUAUGAAGACCCACGCCAGCACUCGCCAGGAGUCCUCACUGACCUGCGUUCUGCUCUGGUGAAUAACACCAUAUUUGCAUCACUAGCUGUGAAAUAUGACUACCAUAAAUACUUUAAGGCCAUCUCUCCUGAACUGUUCCAUGUAAUUGAUGAUUUUGUGCAAUUUCAACUUGAAAAAAACGAAAUGCAAGGGAUGGAUUCUGAGUUACGUAGGUCUGAAGAAGACGAAGAGAAAGAAGAAGAUAUUGAAGUCCCAAAAGCUAUGGGAGACAUAUUUGAGUCACUUGCGGGAGCUAUUUAUAUGGACAGCGGCAUGUCGUUGGAAACUGUAUGGCGUGUUUACUAUCCUAUGAUGCAGCCGCUAAUUGAAAAAUUCUCUGCUAAUGUCCCUCGUUCCCCGGUGAGAGAAUUGCUGGAAAUGGAGCCUGAAACUGCUAAAUUCAGUCCGGCCGAAAGAACAUACGAUGGAAAAGUCAGAGUAAUGGUGGAAGUUGUUGGAAAAGGAAAAUUUAAAGGGGUCGGAAGAAGUUACAGAAUUGCCAAAUCUGCAGCAGCCAGGAGAGCACUAAGAAGCCUCAAAGCAAAUCAAUCUCAGGUCCCUAACAGCUGAGUAUUCCUGCACUUCACUGAAGGGAAUUUAUCCAAAGCUGAGCUCUAUACCCAUCAGAAACCCACAAGUUUUGAUCAUAAUUUUGACACCUCUAAAUUGGAAUUGUAUUAUAAGAGGAACAAAAAAUACAUCAAACAGAGUUAAUGAUGUUCAGGCACCUAAUAAGCAACUGAAAGGAUCUGCAUUAGGGAGACGAUUAGUAACCCCCUCCUCCUGCAGACACUGUGGGGAGAACAUUUUGUGUUUUGCGCAAACACAAUCUUGUCUUCUUUUCUCACUUUUGCUUUGGUUAAUCACAAGAGUGCUUUAUGUCUUUCCUAUUUCUAACUACCGAGGUCUGCUCCUUUUGGGGGGGUUUAAGUGUAUCAGGUUUGAACUUGUCUCGAAAUACGUGAGUGAAAAAAACCGUGCGUGGGGUAUGUACGUGUAAGUAUUAAAUAUACCCACGUAUGUUUGUACAAACAGAACGUUUUCAUAAACACACGUAUGUAAAUAGAUCAGCAGAUGCAGAUAUGUAUUUUUCAUUCAUCAUUUUGGAAAUCUCUGUAUAAGCUGUAUUGGAUAUAAUUUGGUUAGAGACUGUACCUCUGCCAUGUUUGCUCCCUGCACACCAUUCAGAAGGUAUUAAUAAGCAGCAUUGCACUUAAAUGAAGGCGGCAUUCGAUGAAGUCGGAUAAGCGACAAAAUGGUUAUUUUUUUUAUGCCUCAAAUAUCUGAAAAUGAGAUUUUACUUGAUAGGCUGUCGCUUCUUCAUUCUGUAAGCUUUCUGAUUCUGACAGACUCUGGGGCUCAUUUAUAAACUUCGCGCAGGGCAGAUUGGUUUGCACAGUGAAUAUAUUUAUAAAGCUGAAUGUGAAAACAGAAUUGGGAAUUUUUUUUCACAAUGCGAAUGUCUAUAACGGCUUUUUAAAUAUGUCAAAAAUUGCGAAUUUAAGUCAUGACAUAACUAUGGUGGCGCAGAAAAUACUCGCAAAACAGUUUUGCAAAUUGUGAAUUUAAGUUACUGUCAACGCUAUUUUCUCACACAGUGGGCACACUCACGCAAACACCCGUCUCAUUUGAGAGCGGAAAUGUAUUCAAAAUGCAAAUUCGCCAAAAAACGGAAAGACGGGCAGAGCAGUGCAAUUCAUUAGUGUUCAGGAAAAAGUAUGGGCAAUACAACCGUUUGCGAAUAAAUAUGCCCUGCGCGAACGUUCUAAAUGACCCCCUCUGACUUCCCAUUAUGAAAUGCAGAAGGUUCUACGUUUAGGACUGGCUUGUAAUUGAAACCCUUUAAGUGUUUGACAGUAAACAACAUCGCUCUUUGUUGUUUCCUUGGCCAGCGCUGAAGGAAAUGCUGCUGCAUAAAGACUGAAAUCGUUUUAUAGAA